AUGUCGAUGCAGGAGCAGAAUGAUGCAACCCUCGAGCUGCUCCCGGGCGCGACAGGACCGCAGGGUCCUGCCGCCCCGCGCCUCGCGGGUCGCUACGCGCUCGCGGCGUUUGCGGUGGUGGCCGCGUCAGCGCUGACAGUGAUCGCGUUCGCGGUGGUGGCCGCGUCAGCGCUGACCGUGAUCGCGUUCUUCGCGGCCGGGGCGCUCUCUGCGCCGUCCUUGCCCUGGUCUGUCGGCUUCCAGCACUCUGACGACGACAAGACUGGUGAGCAGGUUUGCCAGGGUCAUGGCUUCAGCGAGGGUCAGUGCCUCCGGAAGGGCUGCUGCCAUUACGACAGCAAUUCCUGUUGGUCGAGUGUGGGGAAUGGGUCUUGCACGGGCCCAACAACCUCGGGCAUACCUAAUGAUAAGAAGAGUGGGGAAGAUGUUUGCGAAAAGCAGGGCCUCGGCGAGAAAGAAUGCUUGGCGAUCUUUUGCUGUCGCUGGGAGGACGGCAUAUGUUGGUCGCGCGUCGGCACUGACUUUUGCGAUGACGAGGUCGUGUGCGAUGACGGGGAAAAGGAUGCGGGUGACAUCACCGUGACCGCGCUUCCUGAUGUUCUCGCCAAUGCUCCUUACAACUACGGGAGGUAUUUUGUCAAAUACGUUAGUGUGUUCGGUGUGCCCAUCAUGGCGGACGAGGAUGUGCCGGAUUGGAAGGUGGAGCAUGCAGGAGAUAUUUUGGCACAUUAUCCGUAA